UCACACCUCAAUUUGGUUUCGACGAUUCCACCAGUCAAUCAUUUUAUUAAGUUAAUUUAAUUUCUAAAUUUUUGCUACAAAUCAUAUAAAAAUGAAUUGUUAAACGAAUAAAACUGAUACACCUGCUUGAGAAGAGUUAGCGAUGCGGGCACUGGACACUAACCAAUAACAGUAGCAAACAGCAGGAGCCAUAGCAUGCCAAUCAAAAGAAGAAACCAAAUGACUUGGAGGCCUUCCCGUUCCCAUUCAGAUUCCGAUUCAGGUGGUUCCAAGCGAGACAGAGUCAGAGCCAGAGGCAAACAAGUGGUUUAGUGAAGUUCAAUUAAACUCAAUUAAGCGCACAGAUCCAAAGCAACUAAGAAACAAAAGCAAAACUUAACGCAGUCGCCAAGAAAACAAUUUUUUUUUGACAAAAUUCCGCGCCUAACGUGUUCCAGCGAAGGUGGCGGUGGUGGUGGAGGGAUUGGAGGUUGUGGUGGUGCUGGCGGUGGUUGUUGUGGUCCAAUCCAUGGACAUAGGCAUAAUUGGUCUGAUUGGCAAGACAGGCAGCAGCACAAGCAGCGGGGUCACUGGAGCACCCCCAAUGACAAUACGAUGGCACAAUUUACACUCUACAAUAAACACAGUUCGCCGCCCAGUAGUAACGACAGCAAACGAUUGGACUGUGAACAUGUGCCUCUGUGUUCCGUUAACGAUGUGCAGCUAAGAUUUCUGGUGCCCGAUGACUUGACCGAGGUCCGCCAGCUAUGCCAGGAAUGGUUCCCCAUCGAUUAUCCACUAUCAUGGUAUGAGGAUAUUACCUCAAGUACGCGCUUCUUUGCCUUAGCCGCUGUAUAUAAUCUGGCCAUAAUUGGUUUAAUUGUUGCCGAAAUCAAACCGUAUCGAAAUGUUAAUAAGGAGGUAAUAGCCAAUAUGAGUGAUAGUGAUGAAUUGUACACCAGGCUGAGCGGUUUUCACAUGCAGGAUAAAGGCAUAUUGCCCGACUCGAUGGGACGUCAUGCGGACGUUGGCUACAUACUGUCACUGGGCGUGCAUAGGUCGCAUCGACGAAAUGGUAUUGGUUCGCUCUUGCUAGAUGCCCUGAUGAAUCACCUGACGACUGUCGAACGGCAUUCGGUGAAGGCCAUCUUCCUACACACACUGACCACUAAUCAACCUGCCAUAUUUUUCUACGAGAAACAAAGAUUUACGCUACACUCGUUCCUGCCCUACUACUACAACAUAAGGGGCAAGGGCAAGGACGGCUUCACCUAUGUGACCUAUAUAAAUGGCGGCCAUCCACCUUGGACCUUAUUAGAUCACAUCAAGCACUAUGCUUCCAAGGUGGGACACACCAGCAGCUUCUGCGUAUGGAUGGCAUCGCGUGUCCAGUCGGUGGUUCGUUGGUUAUACCACAAGCUCUUGACGCGAUUUAAUUUUAUUGAAUGAUUGAGCCAACUGGAUAUAGGAUGGAAAAUAGAUGGCAUUGGCGACAGAGCAAACACACACACACACACUCACUCACACAUACAUGCAGCAAAAGAAACAUCCUUCCGAAUAAUGCAAAAUGUUUAUGAUAAGUGUUAGGUGCAUUAUAUCAUUCAGUUGACCAUACACGCACCGCUCGACUCACCCACUCACUCAUACACACACACCCACACACACAGAACUCACACUCUCAUUGUAAAUGUUAGACCACCCAAUCAUACAAUCAUUUCGUUUUUUUAUAUA